CUAUCGUCUUAUCCAAAGACACAAACACAAGCCAUUAGUUAGUAGUAGUAAGCAGUGACCAAUACACUGAUGCCAAAACUUCUUCUUCUUCUUCACUGAAAUGGCUUCACUAUUGGGAACUUCUUCUUCUUCUUCUGCAGCAGCAAUUUUAGCUUCUACACCCUUCACUUCUCGUUCCUCUAAGUCUGCUGCUUUAUCCCUUUUCCCAUCUUCAGGACAUAGCCAAGGGAGGAAGUUUUAUGGAGGAAUUAGACUCCCAGUUAAGAAAGGGAGGUCCCAAUUCCAUGUGGCAAUUUCCAAUGUUGCAACUGAAAUCAGCCCUGCUCAAGAACAGGCUCAGAAACUUGCUGAAGACAGCCAGAGACCGGUGUAUCCAUUUCCCGCCAUAGUGGGGCAAGAUGAGAUGAAGUUGUGUCUUUUGCUGAAUGUAAUAGAUCCAAAGAUUGGAGGCGUGAUGAUUAUGGGUGAUAGAGGAACUGGGAAGUCCACCACGGUUAGGUCUUUGGUGGAUUUACUUCCAGAAAUAAAAGUUAUUUCUGGUGAUCCAUUUAAUUCAGAUCCAGAUGACCAAGAAGUAAUGAGCGCUGAAGUCCGUGACAAAUUGAGGAAGGGAGAGCAGCUUCCUGUGUCUCUCACCAAAAUCAACAUGGUUGAUUUACCACUAGGUGCUACUGAGGACAGGGUGUGUGGGACAAUCGACAUUGAGAAAGCUCUUACCGAGGGUGUGAAGGCAUUCGAGCCUGGUCUUCUUGCUAAAGCUAACAGAGGAAUACUUUAUGUCGACGAGGUUAAUCUUUUGGACGACCAUUUAGUAGAUGUUCUUUUGGAUUCUGCAGCAUCAGGAUGGAACACUGUUGAAAGAGAGGGAAUAUCAAUUUCACACCCUGCUCGAUUUAUCCUUAUUGGUUCAGGUAAUCCUGAAGAAGGAGAACUUAGGCCACAGCUUCUUGAUCGAUUUGGAAUGCAUGCCCAAGUCGGGACUGUGAGAGAUGCAGAACUAAGAGUGAAGAUCGUCGAGGAAAGAGGUCGUUUUGACAAGAACCCCAAGGAAUUCCGGGAAUCAUACAAGGGGGAGCAAGAAAAGCUCCAGAGCCAAAUCACCUCAGCCAGGAGCGGGCUUUCUUCUGUUACGAUUGAUCAUGAUCUCCGCGUUAAAAUCUCUAAGGUCUGUGCAGAACUGAAUGUCGAUGGAUUGAGAGGUGAUAUAGUCACUAACAGAGCAGCAAGAGCAUUGGCUGCACUUAAAGGAAGAGAUAAGGUAACCCCAGAAGAUAUCGCCACUGUCAUUCCCAACUGCUUAAGACACAGACUUAGGAAGGAUCCGUUGGAAUCUAUCGACUCAGGUUUACUUGUUGUUGAGAAAUUUUACGAGGUUUUUGGCUAAGGAGACAAAUAGCUUUCUUCUUUGGGUAAACAUUUCCCUGCACCAAGCUGUUUUAUAGAGCAACAUACUUGUUUUUGUCUUAAUUUUCCAUUUCUCAAAUCAUCUAAAGAUUUGACCAUUGUCAAAACUGAAGAUUGUCUGUGUACUGUGCUUAAGAAAUGUGUUCAGAUUCACCUGUACUUAAACUUACUGGUCUUUGAUUGUUAUCAAUCUUUGGCCUAAGGUUCCCAAUGUUG